AUGGGCAUAGGCAAUCCUGGUAGUACGGAGGAAGACGAGAGACACUCAUUUGAUGAAGAAGAGAUUCAUCCACUGCCCGUGAAUGCUUCUCACGCAAAAUUUUGCUUUCGUAUGAAAAAGCGACAGUUCAGACAAGGCAAUGAUCUAUUCGACUACGAGGACAAAUACCCCGAGGAUCCAAUUUACCAUGAAACUGCACCGAACGCAAGGGUAUGGAGGACAUACGCAGAUGAGAAUGUGAAUUUUGAUGUAAAAAUGGUGGAGGAUUCCAGGGACAAUGUCGACGUCUUGUUGGUUUUCGCGGGACUCUUCUCAGCUGUCGUUUCCACAUUUAUCAUUCAGGCAUCCCAGAGUCUUUCGGCGGACUACACUCAGAUGUCAGCAUCCUUUCUUUUUGAACUGGUGGCUAUUCAACGCGCCCUUGCUAGUGGUGCUGCCAUUGACACAAGUCAACACGUCCUCGUACGACCCUUCUUCAGUCUUCGCGCCUUCCACUGGCAGCAUCUGGGUGAAUAG